UCUUCUUCAACUGUAACUCCGUGAAAAAGAGCUAAAUUGACUUCAUACAGAAAGCCAUAAUAAUGAAUCAUUUCCACUGUAGUAGAUCCGGAAAAACUUCGUAGUCGCCAACUACAAUACAAAAAACAAGUCCACUCUCUCUCUCUCUCUCUUUCUCUCUCGUUCCAUCGACGUGAUUGUCAGUUUCAAUGACCUGCAGCACCGGUGCAGAUUAGGAAGAACAUGAUGACGAACGAAGACGUUUCGAAGAAUUUCAGGUCACUGGUGGAAGCAGCAGACAGGAAAUUCGCAAAGGUUCGUGACGUUCCUGCUUAUGGCUGUGGCCCUAGCCAGAGUCAAAAUUUCCAGUUUCAGAAGGUGUUUAAGGCUUACAUGAAGUUGUGGAAGUAUCAGCAAGUUAAACGGACGGAGCUUGUUGAGUUGGGACUACAGCGAUGGGAGAUCGGAGAAAUCGCUUCUCGUAUUGGACAGCUUUAUUUUGGACAGUAUUUGAGGACAAGCGAGGCUAGGUUUCUUCUUGAAUCUUACAUAUUUUAUGAAGCCACAAUCAACCGCCGUUAUUUCGAUGGAUCGAAAGAUAGAGGUGUCAGAUUCAAAGAAUUGAGGUUCUACGCUAGGUUUUUGCUUGUCUCACUGAUUCUGAAUCGUUUCGAAAUGGUAAAAAUCCUUGCCGAGAAGCUCAAGGCUCUCGUCGACGAUAUUAUUACCAAUUUCCCGGAAACCAACUUCAAAGAAUGGAAACUAGUGGUGCAGGAGAUCACCCGAUUCAUGAGGACUGACAUUGCUUUAGGGAGUGCGAGGCCAAUGCGAUAUUGUGCUAUAUUUGAUGCUUACACAUAUUCUCAUUCAUAUGUGGCCCGCUUCCAUGCAAAUAAAGUGCUCAAAUUUCGGGAUGCUAUCCUCACUAGCUAUCAUCGCAAUGAGGUCAAAUUUGCAGAAUUUACAUUAGACAGUUUCAGAAUGCUGCAAUCUCUGGAAUGGGAAUCAAGUGGAUCCUUCUACCAGAAGCGCCAAAUUGAAUUGCAAGAAAAUGGUGGUUUGACUGAUCAGUCUCUUACCUCUGGAUUAAUUGAUAUAAACUUGGCUGCUGAUAUGGCUGAUCCAUCACUGCCUCCAAAUCCGAAGAAAGCUAUUCUUUAUCAUCCAUCAGUAACACAAUUGAUAGCUGUUAUUGCCACUAUUUGUGAAGAGCUUGCUCCAGAAAGGGUGCUGCUACUUUACAUUUCAGCAUCAGGGAAGGCUAUCCAUAUUAAUAACUCAGUGAGCGAGAGUACAGGAGCCGUGAGGAUGUCUUCAAAGGUCAAAAUUGUUUCUCAUACUUCCCAUGGAAAUUCUAACUCUGGAUGUGAAAAUCACGUCAAUGAGAAUGGGAAAUCAAGUCACCCUUCUGGUGAUUCCUUAUGGCUAGGUCCUUGCAGAAAUGGAGGUUCGAACAACCUAUAUCCUCAUGACAUAAUUCCAUUUACCAGGAAACCGCUUUUCUUGAUCAUUGAUAGUGACAACAGUCAUGCAUUCAAGAUGAUACAUGGAUCAGAGAGAGGUGAAACAGCGGCAUUAUUUCUGUCCCCCCUGAAACCAUCGUUCAGAUUCCCCCCUACUGGUUCUGAUGCAGUUCAAAAUGGGAGCCAAUUUACUCUGUUCUUGACGUCUCCCAUGUUGGCAUUCUUUCAAUUGGUUGGGGUUCCUUCAUCGGAUGACAAUACUGAUUUAUACGAGAAUGCUGAAAAAAUACUCUCCGAGGCAUUUGCCCAGUGGGAAAUAAUUAUGUGUACAACUAACAUGCUGGAUCUCGUUUGGGCUCAAAUGUUAUCCGAUCCGUUGUUAAGAAGGCUCAUUAUCAGAUUUAUCUUCUGCAGGUCAGCACUAUUCUAUUUCUGCAGUGGAGAAGAUAAGAGGGAGGAGUGCACGCCCAUUUGCCUACCCGAACUUCCUGCAUCACUCUCCCCAAAAUCAGAAGCGGUUCGAUCGGCUGUCCUUCAGCUAGCUAUUCACCUACAAGUUGCAGAUUGCUUCUGUUUUGACAACACAUAAAAUAUUUUAAUUAAGUAGAAGAGGAGGAGCAGAUUGUUGUAUAUGAGGAGUUUGGAUGGAGUAUUUUCUUUUAGGUGAUUAUUGGUAAGAGUUUACACAAAUCUAAUAGUACAGGAGAGAAAGAGAAAGACAAAGACAAAGUGAAAGAGAGACUUGACUUAUUUGUAAUUACUCUCUUGUUCCAUUUUUUUUUAGAUGUUGUGGGUAAGAACUGAGAAUAUGUUGUUAUUUUGAGCGUUUUUAUACCGAAAUUUGGUGGGCGUGACUGUUAUAUCAUUGGUUGUGGUUAGAUGAUUCUGUAUUUUGAUUCAUGUUAGGGGAGUUGUGUUUAAAAGGGUUGAAACUAAUUGUGAUUUGUGGGUGUGGCUGAUUAUGAAGAUAUAUUACUAUUAUUACUUUGUACCUGAUGAAACAGAUGAGGAUUAAAUGUCUAUUUUCAUUAAUGCUUC